AGUCAAUCCAAAAUAAGGAGCGGAAAUGAUGUUGGGGCCUGAGGCCGGAAGCCGGAAGUGAGUCUGUGGUGGACGUGUUCUGGGGAACCGGGAGUCGGCGGGACCCGAGCUAUGGAGCCGCUGUAUCAGCAGACCCACAAGCAGGUCCAUGAGAUCCAGUCUCACAUGGGACGCCUGGAGACGUCAGACAAGGAGUCUUUGCACCUAGUAGAAAAUGAAAUCCAAGCAAGGAUAGAUCAAAUAUUCAGCAGCCUGGAACGCCUGGAGAUUUUGUCUAGCAAAGAGCCCCCUAAUAAGCGCCAGAAUGCCAAACUCCGUGUUGACCAGUUAAAGUAUGAUGUCCAGCACCUGCAGACCGCACUUCGGAACUUCCAGCAUCGGCGAUAUGCCAGGGAGCAGCAGGAGAGGCAGCGAGAAGAGCUUCUGUCAAGAACCUUCACCACGAAUGACUCUGAUACCACCAUACCCAUGGAUGAAUCACUGCAGUUUAAUUCUUCCCUCCAGAAAGUUCACCACGGCAUGGAUGACCUCAUUGGAGGCGGGCACAAUAUUCUGGAGGGACUGAGGGCACAGAGAAUGACCCUGAAGGGCACUCAGAAGAAGAUCUUGGAUAUUGCUAACAUGCUGGGGUUAUCCAACACUGUCAUGCGACUUAUUGAGAAGCGGGCCUUCCAAGACAAGUACUUCAUGAUAGGUGGGAUGCUGCUCACCUGUGUGGUCAUGUUUCUGGUGGUGCAGUAUUUGACAUGAGCAGGCAGAGUCCAGUGACUGGAAAGUGUUUUCCAUUGUGUGUGUAUGUGUGGUGUGUGUGUGUAUGAGAGUGUGUGAGUGUGUAUGUGUGUGUAUGAGAGAAUGAGAGAGAACAGGUGCCUGCCUGCCUGCCUGCCUACUUUUUGAAAUAUACUGCCUGUUGUAACUGUGAAUGCCACUUCAGAUUAAUUUUCAUCUAUAACCCAGCAGGAGUUUCAAAAUAACUUGUUUCCUUUAACCCCUUGGAGGGGAAAGCCAAGACCACUCAAGAAGCUUUGUUCUUGGGAAUCAAGUGACCUGAUCUGGAAGAGGAAAAGAAAAAGUGAAAUACUUUACAUGGUUUUGCCUGCCCAGUCUGUGUUCUUUGUCUGAAGAAUCUGAAAAAAUUGACCUUACUGGCAAGGAGGCUCAAACUCGGCUUCUUGUGGCACUCAGCCACAGUGGGACAGGUGGGAGGCUAGGUGAGGAAGCAAUGAACAGACAGAUUGGAAGAAAUACCUCUUUCAGAGUCCAUAAAGGAAAAAUUAUAUACCCAUUUCCCACACCAGUUGUAGGAAGAUUACUGCACCUACUUUUUGGCUCUCACCCAUAUCUAUUGCCUUUCCCCCCCCAACCCCCCAAAAAAGUAGGUGUAUAGAUUGAUCCUGCCCAACUAGCAGGGCAGCGUAGUGCUUUGUAACAUUCUUCCUAGAGCCAUUAACCAUCAACAUGGGAAGAACAGGAAAAAAUGAAGAUACUGUUAACAACUAGUUAAUUUUUAUACAUCAGAGAUUUUCAGUGUUUUCCUUUGUAAAACAAAACUGUUAUUCUUUGGGAUUAUUUGGAUUUAAAACUAUAGAUUUUAGACUUCUGAUUUUUAUAUGUGUAUAUGCACACAGUUCUUGGAUUUCAUAAAGUGUAGACCAGAUGGAAAUCACUUUGUGGCAAUUCUCCCAUUAUCUCUUGCUCUGGAGCCACAGAAGUAGGAUUUGAAGGCAAAUCUGAGUACUGAAUAAUAAUUUACCCAUUUCAUGUUACCUCUGGUCUUGGAGCAGCUACAAUUCACCUAGAACCUUCUUUCCUAAGGCAUGUUAAUAACUACCAGUGGCUCAGAAUCUCACUGCAUUAUCUUCUGGAGGGUGGAAGUCAAAAGGCAGGAAUCUCUUGGAUCCUAUCUAAGGGAAUUUAUUAGUAGAAUUAAGUGUUCUAUGGCAUAGAUUCCCUCCCCCCAGAGGUAGAUAGCCUCUUCCAAGGCCUUAUAAUAAGACUACUCUUGUAUAAUUAAACUGCUCUUGUAAUACAUUUUCCUUUAACUAUAUCUGUCAGUCUCCUUCCUACCGCUACCUGUACUGCUUCCCUGUCUGUCCCUUGAAUUGCAUCCUCUACCUAUUUUUUUCUUCUUCAUUUUCAUUCAGUUCCCUUCUCCUUGUUUUAUCCUCUGCUUGCUUCUAUGAAUAUAUUUUCCUUUCCUCCUCAAUCUGUGGGGCCACUCCUCUUGUAAGGCAACCCAUUCAUUUUUAAUUGAUACAAAUUUUAACACUCAUUGACCGUGCAGUGGAGAGGAUUAUGCAAUACCAGUUUGUAUACCUGUUUUGACAGGUGGUGGUCUCUGAAGUUACUGGUGAUCUAUUUCAGGAAAUCUUCAGACUCUAAAGGAAGGAGAUGGCCCUUCAGAUUGGUUUUUGGAACCUAUAUUGAAGUGAUGAAAAUACCACUUAAGACAGUAGAUGUGGGUACACUCUUUAGAACUGAAGGCUUUUGCCAGCCUGCAGAAGAGCCCUUUAAAACGGACAUAGUUCAGAGGCUAGAGCCUGCUAUCCAGAAGCCCCAUCCCCUGGAUUGGCUGAGAUCACCAGGCUACUUAGAUAAGAAUUUUGGAAUGCUGGCACAGAUCUCCACUGAUUCCUUUUUGUAAUUGCUAAUGUCUGUGACCUGACAGUCUUGGGACUGGGGGCAGGGAAGUGACUUGAGGGCCACAGUGAUAUCCAUAGUCAUUUCUGGCAGCUCUGUACUAAAGCAAUGCCAAGGAAGGAAUAUUUUCACUCUCAGGAGCUCUAGCCACCAUGCUAACUGGAAUGCAUUGUACCUUGAGCCCAUCCCUUCUCUACUCCUUAACUACCUCUGAAAAGUCAGCAGAAUGAUUUCCCUUUAUACCAACCAGCAACACUGUCCCUGGAGUAUCUGGGAAUCUGAUUUCUUGUGAGCCUAAAAUCUAGAUCCUUUACUAGGGAUGGAGCACCCUCUAGUGGAACAGAGAAAAAAUUUCUGCUUUGGGGAACCAGUAGUUUAACCAUCAGCUAAAAAACAAGGAACUGUCUUGGUUUAUACUGGAAUUUUAUGACAUCAGUUAUUGUUUCCAAUAAGUAGAUUGUUAGAAGGGAGCUUUGAAAUGCUUUUUGUAUACUUCUUAAUUCUUUUUAUUGCAUUCCACUCUAGAAAACAUUUUUUUAAAGCGAUGGGAGCAGUGGGUUACUAUUGGCAUUAUAAAUUAAUUCUUUGCUUUACUAAAUGAUUCUUUAAGAGUCAGAAGAUCUGAGUUCUAGACUUGAUUCUGCCAUUAACCAGCUGCAUACAACUUUGACAUUCCUAGACCUCGGUUUCCUCUUUUAUAUGAGUUUGGACUAGCUUUCCAAAGGCCCUAAAAACUCUAGGAUUCUCUGGUUCUGUGAAAUGGCUUUAAUGAAUUUAAAAUAAUGUUUGUUAAAUGAAAGAAUGGAUUAAAUGAUCAGAUAAGAGUACAAGUUA